UGCUCUUUUUUGUAUAAAUUAACUAUACAGAUACCGAAUAUAUAAGCACUGACACGUGUAAUGGCACGAAUCAAAACCAGACGUGAGCCGACGCACCGUCCAAAAUGAGAAGUAUUUCUGGUAUUCUGCUCCUUCUAAUCUCUUGGACGACCUUGUUAUCCUGCAAUGGUGUGUCGGCGAUAAUAAAUGGCAAAAACAUAAGCACCGGCCAAGAGCCUCACCAGUUUCCAUAUCUCGUGUCUUUCGUCAACUCAACGAUCGAUCACUGGUGUGGUGGUUUAAUAGUAAGCGACCAGUACGUUCUCACAGCAGCUCAUUGUGUGAUGAAAGACAACAAGACCUUCUACGAUAUACCGCGUCUCAUUGUCAGUGGUGUACACCAGCUGAACAUCAACGAGAACUCCAAAGUCGUGGUCGAAGUCGAAGAGAUCUUUGUCGACGAACGGUACGACCAUUUUAUGUGGGCUUAUGGUGUAGUACCUGAAUAUGACUGGGCAUUGCUUAAGCUGAAGGCCAAGUUAGACAUAAAAAACAAUCCUAAUCUUUCAAUUAUUGAACUCCCAAAGAAAAUCCCUGGAACAGACCACUACGACACGUACUUGAACGUCACUGCAAGUUCGCAGGUUUCGGUUACAUUCGAUUGAUCAUCAAAAACGAUACAUAUUUUACUAUCAACGAAUACCCAACAGACGAUACUUAAAAUUUUGCUUCCAAGGUGACAGUGGCAGUCCACUGGUUUAUCAAAAUACAGUCAUCGCUUUGUUGAGCUCGUCUACGAGUGGCUGUAACGAGAAUAAUGCCUCAAGUACCUAUACCAAAGUGGCACCUCAUGUGGAAACGAUUAAAAAUGUGUUGAAUGGCGUCACUGAUGGAAUACGUACUUCCGCUGCUUUGGUGGACGAGGACUUGGACGAUUAGUGAUUUCGUUAAUUUGAAAAUGAUAAACACGAGGCUUGUAAUGACUAUACUCGCGAUAUGCGAGUAGUAAAGACUGUAUUUCAUGUCCAACUUUGUAUGCAAUGACGCCUGUUGAUGUUGUGUAUAUAUAUAUAUAUAUAUAUAUAUAUAUAUGCUUACUCUCCAUUGUAAAUUGUAUUAAAAGAUUUUUAAAUUAAAGCAAGUGAUUCUCAAUAUGUACAAAAUUUUCGUACAUAAAACAGUACAUAUUCAUGCACUUACACUUACGAUUGUCUGAUUUUUU